CCGACUGUGCUGUUAUAAACCGUGGGAUGAUCAGAUUAAGACUGCGAACAAAGAACGUGGCUCUGAGGGACUGAAAGCGAGUCAAUUCCACCUUAAAUGGAAUUUGCGUCUCUGGCGGCAAUAGACCUAGGCGCCAUCUUCGGUCCACCUUAAGCGCACAAUGUGGCCAACGAACGCAAGCGUACCAGCUAGGCUUCCGUCCUCAUUCUCCAGCCGGGGAUCGCACUUUGGCUUCCCAGCUUUGACACAGCGUCACUUGUGAAACAACAGAGGAAAAAGACGCACUCGGGCCAAACCCCAUCCGCACCAGCAGGAGAAGAUGUCCGAGCCAAACAAGUACCGAGAGUGGAUCCUGGAAACAAUCGACUCUCUCCGCUCGAGAAAAGCCCGUCCGGAUCUGGAGAGGAUUUGUCGAAUGGUCCGGAGACGACACGGGUCUGACCCAGACCGAACCAGGACAGAACUGGAAAAACUGAUUCAAGAGCAGACGGUACUCAAAGUUAGCUACAAGGGGUCCAUAUCGUACCGAAACGCGGCAAAGGUGCAGAGGAAAAGCAGAAAAAAGAGUGAGUUUACGGCCGCUGGCAGCAGCAGCAGCGCGGAGGCAGCGAGGGAGCGGACCAAACGCGAUCAUCCGAACAACAACGGCGACAGUGCGCACAGCUUCACGGACCAGGAGGAGGGAGAGGAGGACUCGGAGCCCAGCCCAGAUCCACACACUCAAACAUCAGCCAGCAAUACCGGCAAAAAGCUCAAGCCUGCCUCCAGCCCAAGUAGCGGAAACGGGUACCUCAGUUGUGGCGCAACAACGGGCUGUGCUGUCGGGAGCGGCUGCAAAGAGGAGAAAGCGAGUGCACCGAGAGACAAGGGAUUAGGACAGCAGGCGGCAGGGGACUGCCCGUCACCCAGUUUCGGCCACAGGACAAGCGCGCACAACGGGGCUGAUGGCAGCAGGACAACACAGAGCAAAGCCGAUGCAGUUAGCGCAGAAAAGGAGUCUGGUUUGUCUCGAGCAGACACACAGAGCAAAACUUGCCCUGGGAGCGACAGCAGCCUCCCUCAGAAUCAAAGACACAAGCAGUCUGUGCCCCUCAAGCCCAAACUUCGAGUCGGAGGAGGGAGCUCCAAAACAACAGGGAACCAUGCCAGUUCAGACCUGGGCGACAGAUUAGUCGCUUCUGUUCGCAGCCUGUCCGAGAAGAGCCUCCGAGGGGGCUCAGCAGCCGUGACCAGAGGCCAUAUGAAGCCGCUCGGGUUGAAGGAGAUUUUGGGCUAUCUGAGCAGCCAGGAACGGCUGUCAGAGGAAAAGCUGACCCGAGGCAAAGUCAAAGUGGUCAUGGAGAGAGAGGUGGAGAGGGGUAGGCUGCGCAGGACCCGCUGCGGGAACAUUACUCUUCCUCUGAGGGGGGUGGUGGUGGAGGAACCGACGCCGAAGAAUGCGUCCGCUGACAGACUUGCAAAGAGCGCACUGCAGGACAAACAUACUGAGAAAAAGUCAUCGUCACCCUCUCUCCAGGAUAAUGAUCCGAUGGAAACAGCCAGUGAAGAAGGGGAACAGGGAGAGAACGAGGAAGAGGUGGUGGUGGAGGAGGAGGGCGAUCCCCGGAGUUCUGAUGAGGAGGGAGGACCAUCCCCGGUAGCCAUGACAACCGAACCAGUGCUCAUUGAGAAAACCAGAGAAGAUGCUGAGAUCCAGAAAGCAUCAAAGCAGGAGAGCCCCCAGCAGCAGCAGGAGGGAGGUAAAGGGUUACCUGCACUUGUUCUCCUCCCAAACACACCUGUUCAGGGAGCCUCACUGUCACAGUCUAAUGGGCCAGACAUGGAAGAGAGAGCUGGUUCCCCUGAUCAGCUGCAAAUGGAGGUGCAAGUGAGUAAUCAGACGCAGCAUGAUGGAGUAAACCACAGCUCCUCAGGCUUUAACAAUUUGGAGUGUAAGACAGAGGUUGGUGUGUCGUCCUGCCUGCUAACACCCACAGCCUCCCCAAGAGACUCCAGCCGGUCUGAAGAACGAGGGAUUACCGUUAGCAGUGAAGUACUUAUGAAAUCUGAGGGGGUCAAUGGGAGCCCAGUGAACUGGACAGUGUCUGAUGUGGUCAGUUAUUUUACGGCAGCAGGUUUCCCUGAGCAGGCUGCUGCAUUCAGGACCCAGGAAAUCGAUGGAAAGUCUCUUCUCCUCAUGCAGCGUAAUGAUGUUUUGACUGGCCUGUCAAUCAGACUUGGCCCCGCCCUCAAGAUCUAUGAGCGUCAUGUGAAGGUUCUGCAGAAAACACACUUUGAGGAUGACGACUGCUAACAGCAUGAAUCAAAUACAAGCAGACUGUUAUGUUUGUAUCUACAUAUAGCUGAAGUAGUAUAAAAAUGCAUGCAUAAUAUACAGAACAAUACACUUCACUUUUUAUCUCAUGUCAAACAACACAGACACAGAAAUGCACAGAAACACGCACAUACAGACACUGUUAUUUCUUAUCUUCUUGCGUCUUGACAACAGAAACGAGACUGGAUUUUCUAGACAACAAGGGUUUUCUAUCAAGCACAAGUGUUGGAGGGAGAAAGUAGAGCAGAGAUUUUCAAACAACCAUGCAAUUUCUCCUUUAACAAAAAAAAAAACAAGCACUUUCCAAUUUUACUGAUUAAACUGUGCAAAAUGUUUUGUGUUUAAGCUGUUACGUCAUGCUGACUUGUAUGCACAUUUCGAAAGAAGUAAUGUUUUUUCUGUGAUUUGGGGAGGUGGGUCGUUUUCUUGUCGGUGUGUGCUUGUCCAUGUACACAUAGACAGGACAUGUUGGAUAAGAUAACAAAGAAGUUAGAGGUUGACCAGAUUCGAGACAUUCCCAGGAGCUGAAGUAGUUGGUUGGUACGAUAAACCUUCAAACUGUUCUGUUGAGAAAAAAAAAUCCUGGGCGGGGUUAUUAAAUUUUUGGAAACGGUUGCUGGUCAAAGCAAUAAACUGACUGAGCUGUUUGAGAGGCUUUUGGACUGUCAGCUUGUCAGCUGGUUGAUUUAACUCUGCUUUGGGUUAUGCAUCACCACCUCAUCAGCUGGUUUUACAGAGAUACACUAUAAUUUUGGCUUUACAUCAAACUUGGCUUGUUUAAUAGACACCUAAAAUCACAUAUCACACCAAACUGUGUACUUGUCAACUUGUCCAAAUUUCUGGGAAUUAUGGGGAAGCUAAGAGUUUUUUUCCUAAACAAACAAAAUGGACUGAUUUGCUUGGUAUCAUCCACUCAUCUUUGUUCACUACAGACUUCUAAAACAAUUCAGUGAAGACCAUUUAAAACUGUGUGUGCAGUAACCUCAGCACGAGUGAAGAUGUUGUGGCUUCUUGAAAGGACAGUUUACCCUCAAAUCAAAUUUAAUGGAAGUAUUGAGCUACGCAACAUUACAACUCAGCUGAGGACAACACUAGUCACACUCUUUGUAUUCAUGUUGAUGAGACUGAUGGGUGUAGCUUGGUAGAAAGAAAAUAGUUCCUAACAGACCCACAAACAAAGUGUUUAGAUUUUCUUCCCACUGGGCACUCUGUACACCUCCAUUUUAGAUCAAACAAUCAAGCUAUGACUGAAAUGCAGACUUUUUUAAAGUGUUUUAAUUCAAGGGGGUUUGACAAAACUGUUAACUGUUUAUGAAUUUAUAGCCAUUUUUGUAAAUAAUCCCUCAUUUUCAGAGGCUCAAAAGUAGUUGUGUGGUCAGGUGAGGCCUGUUUCCUCAUUAUUCCAUGACAAAGUACGCAGAUAAAACAUGUGGAAGUGAUUCCAAGUGCAUUUGUUAGGUUUUUCCACAUAAUUCUCAAUAUGAGGUCAUAACAGAUGUCAAUGCAAAUUAUACAGAUCCACGGGCUUAACUUGGCAAUUUUUUUUUAAAUAGCAGAUACUCUUCCUGACACAACGCCAAAGGGAUUUAUGUCUCUUCCCAAACCAGGAACCUUUCUCUUGUUAGCCAAGCAUGUAAACUACUACACGGUGGCGCCCCUGUGUCACAUCUUAAAUGUUUGAUUUCAAAUCUACUGAGCUGGUGUACAGAGACAAAGUUAAAAAAAAAAAAGAAAAGUGUCAUUGAUCAAUAUUUAUGGAUCAAACUGUAUAGGUUUUUAGUGUUUUGGUUUUGUUUUUUGGGGGGGUGGGGGGUGUGCCACAAGGUAAGUGCCUUUUAGUUCCAUUACAGCCAAGAGAAGCUUGACAUUUCUACAGCCAAUAUCCUCAGAUUUUAGAAUUCAAAUUUGUUUUCAGUAUAAACUAUGAGAUUAAAAUAUUUCUGUGAAACCAGCUGCAGAGUACAUUUCAGCUAUGUUGAUCAAAUACACCAGCUAACUGAAUUGAAAUCAGCUGAACAGACACCUCUAAAGUAUUCAUUAUAAUGUCAAUAUGUACAUAUGGUAUAUUAAAGCAACCUCAUUUGGCCAUUUGUUAAUUAUUGGAAUUACAUUAUCUAACUGAGAGAUGUUCUUGCAGGGUAAAGUUGAGUCAAUCAAUCAACUGAUCUCAUACCACCAGCAUUUUUAAAUGUCUUUUAUUGAUUGAUAACGACAGAUGGCAACCAAAUCCCUCAAAUUGUUGCAUUAUUAAUGUCCAUCUGUGCUAUAACGUCAUAUGUUCGAUGUUUACAGAACAAAAACAGCAAAUUUUCCUUAUUUUGUAUUUCUUUUAUUUUUCAGCAUAUCCGAUACAUUUCACCAUAUGCUGAUGUUCAAAUCAGAUCAGAUGUUUCUUCAAACUUCCUCUACCUCUCACUGCCAUUUCCUUUCCAAGAACUUUUUUUUAAAAAAAUAUAUUAUUAUUAGCAGUGUCUGUUAUGUUGUUGUUAACAUAAUUUCCUCCUUGUUUGUUAAAUCUGUUGAAGGGAACAGCUUGAGUCCUGAUUCUCACAAGGGGAAUGUACAGUAUGUUUAAGCCCUUGCAGCUUGUUUCCUGUUAUUUGUUAAAAACAAAUUUAGUAAUAAAAAUUUCAAAUAAAAUCCCACAGAGAGUGAAUA